CACCAUUAAUACUUCACCAUGAAAUUCACUUCACUCACCACUAUUAUCAUUUCUGCCGCAGCAAUGGCUGGAAUAGCUAUCGCAUCUCAGGAAGACAACAACACACCCAUGGGCUCAGAAUGUCCGAAUUCAGACACAAGAGAUGCGCAACAUUGCGGUCCACUGAAUGGUUUUAACAAGGGCAAGGACAUCAUCUAUUACUGCGGUUAUGAUGGCAUAAUCGAAACAUACAUACCAUGUACCUGCGAAAAUUGUUGCAGGUUCACUGGUGGCCGUAACAUACAGUGCCCGACCUGACAAGAGGCACUAAAAUUUGUUUGAGGAUUAAAAUAUUAAGCAAGGAUUAAGAGAAAUUCCUCUGCAAAACCUUACCGAGAAGCCACCCAUCUGCAUUUGCGUAUCACUGCAUAGAAUAAAAUCAAAUAAUG